CUGCGUGUUGCACGGAGCAGUCCUCAAAAUGAUUUCUUAUUGUCCCAUAUGUGGGAAGCCUGUUUACUUUGCUGAGAGGAAGCGUUCCCUAGGCAAAGACUACCACCCUCUUUGCCUGAAGUGCUACCUGUGCAAACGGCAGCUGAGCCCUGGCCAGCACGCAGAGUACGAUGACAAACCCUACUGUAACCACUGCUACCUGCAGCACUUUGGACCAAGAGGAACAGGGCGUCCAACAUCUCGCUUGUUUCUUGGAGCAACUUCCUCUUCCAAGGUUCCAGCAGGAAACAAGAACAGAUCUUAGAUGACCCUUCUUUAAUGUCCAGACUGUGGAGAACCAUCACUGGAUCAUGAUAAAGUGGCAAGAUGCCAAAAAAGUGAUUUUUUUCCUUAGAGUGUAAAAAAGAACACUGGUUUCGAGAAUGACUGAUAAUCCAGAAAAAAAUGUAAAGGAAAGUACUCUUCUAAACUGAAAUAUUUAUCAUAGAUUAAAACUGUGCUGUGACAAAUUAAAUUUAAUGAGCAGCAAUGAAUUCAAAUGGUUUGCUUGGGCACACAUUCAUAACAUAUACCUGAUGUUUUAAUAACUUACGAAUUGUUGUUUGACUCAUCUGAAUUGUUAGUAAUCUGCUGAAAACUACUGCCUUUCCCAGUGUAUUGGACUCCUAGGUAGAAAGUUCCUCAGCACUGGUCUUGUUCCUAUUUGCUAUGGAGAAUUGCUCAUGGAGGUACAGUGAAAUACCUCAAACAUUUGUCAGCGGCAGAGAAUGUGAGUGAGAUUCUUCAGGUUAAAAUGGUUACUUCUGUCCUGGUCCAGUGGAUCGCCACAAUUACGUGACUUGGAGAUGGAGGUGUAGCCAGCUGACAAAUACAGAAGUAUACAUACAUAUAAAGACAGCUGUCUCUGUAUUUGCCACAGUUAAAUUCCACUUCCUCUGAUUUUGUACUUGUUUUGAUGAUCAAGAGUCAAGAGUUUAUUGGCAUAUGAGCAGAUCCAUUGAAAUUAACACAUCUGGGCCUAC